AUGCCGCAGCGGCGCAAAAAGCCGGGUCCGAAACGAGACAGCAAACCUGCGCCCAGCGAAAAGCUCGAGCGCAAUCGACAAGCACAGAGAACCCACCGUGAGCGAAAGGAGCAGUACACAAAGGAUCUGGAACUCGAAGUCAUGCGUCUCAAGGAGCUCUUUACUCAAACCGCACAGGAACGAGACGCUGCAUUUCAGGCCCGGGAUGCCAUAGCUCACGAGAGAGAUCAGCUUAGAGAAGAAGUUCUGCGGCUGAAGGAGAUCGUCCAGAUCUCUACUUCCUCUAGCGGUACCGAUUCUGGCUACGAUGGAAUUUCCAUCACUUGUGAUGCAACACGAAAUAGCAGCCUGUCGACUUCCAAUGGGUAUCAUGGCCUUCUGGCUAACGCACCACUCCAAGAAGUGACGGCUAAUAAUGCCUACACCGAGCGUCAAGAAAGCGUAUGGGAGCUCUCAGAGGCUCAUGGUUUCGCAUCUGACGGAGCAUCUUAUCAGGAACCGACCAUCAAGAACGAGCAGCAGAUUCGCAGAGAAGAACCGACGAAGACCCUCCAGCUCAUGCGAGAGCUCGCGCCCAGAGGCGUCGAUUACGAUGAGCUUGGCAUCGACUUUGUCCUCACGUUGGAAAAGCCAUGCAUGGGUCACAUUCAGUACUUGCAUGUCAGGGCACACAAUUUCCAGACUGCAGAUGGAGAAAUGCCAGGGCGGCCUAUGGAGGUACCUGACGAUGGAGAGAAUCAGCACAUCUCAGGCCAUACUUUGAUGGCCACUGCACCAACGUACAGCCACAUCAUGGAUAGUCCGGCGUCGAAAUUUCCGGCGCAGAUGCCUCAAGUAAAGCGGCCUGACUUGCUCCAAUUGCUCAACUUGAGCAAUCAGCUCCAAGUCAACGAGAUCGAAGUCCCGCCUGUCCGAGCAUGGAUCAAACUAAUGCAGGACGAAAGGAUGAAAUUGCUAUCCGUGAACGAUAUUGCAAUGCUGAAGGAGAAGCUGUUGAGGAAAGUGCAUUGCUAUCGUUUUGGUGCUGUAAUUGACGAGAAUGACAUCGAUGAGACUCUGCAAGAGGUUGUCAACACAAGACAAGCAGCAGUGGUCGCAUCGACAAGCCCCCCGCGACCGAUGAAGAUCGAGUCAUUAUGA